AUGGACUCGUUCAAGCAUGCGUUCGGGGUCGAUCAGCUCUCAGCCAGUGCUCAGGCCAAUUUGAAUGGGAACAUUGUAGCUAUGUUGCAGGCGGGAUGCUUCUUCGGCGCACUCUUCUCUGGACCUAUGUCGACACAGUGGGGAAGGAAAUGGCCUCUAGUGACUUCUGGUGUGAUCUACCUCAUUGGUAGCGUCAUACAGACAAUAUCCGGCAUUGGAAGUAGUGCGUCCGUUGGACUCAGCGUGCUUUACUUCGGACGAUUCGUCGGCGGAUUCGGCCUGGGACUCAUGUCUGCCAUCGUUCCAUCCUACGUCGCCGAGUGCACGCCCAAAGCCAUUCGAGGACGCUGCACCGGUUUCAUCCAGUUUUCGAAUAACAUUGGCAUGAUGUUGAGCUUCUGGGUCAACUACAGUGCCUCCGCCAACCUGCCUUACGGGAACAUGCAAUGGCGGAUGCCCUUCGCUGUUCAGCUGAUCACCGGCUUCCUCUUCGCCAUCCUUAUGCUCCCACAGCCCGAGUCGCCCCGCUGGCUCGUCGAGCACGAGCGGUACGACCAAGCAGCCCAGACACUUGCCUACGUCGCACGCAAGCCCGCAGACGAUCCAAUCGUCAUUGCCACCCUAAACGAAAUCAAAGCAGACUUCGCAACAAGCAAACGUAUUCCGCUCCUCGCGCAGUUCCGCAUGAUGGGCUCCUCCCGCUCAAUGCUCAUCCGCGCAUACAUCCCCUCGUUCGUGCUCUGCUGGCAACAGUGGACCGGCACGAAUGCGAUCAACUAUUUCAGCCCGCAGAUCUUCCAAGGACUCGGCAUCUCGGGGACGACCUCGUCUCUGUUCGCGACUGGCGUGUACGGCGUCAUCAAGGUGAUCGCCGUCGGGCUCACCACGUUGCUCGGGAUCGAGGGCAUGGGUCGCAAGCUAUGUCUGAUCAUCGGCGGACUCGGUCAGGGCCUCACGAUGUUCUGGAUCGGCGGAUACAGCGCGAUCCACCCGCAGGACACGAUCGUUCCCGCGAGUUACGUCUCGAUUGUCGCGGUGUACCUGUACGCCGUGUUCUAUUGCAUCGGGUGGGGUCCCGUGCCGUGGGUUGUCGCGAGCGAGGUGGUGGACAACAAGGUGCGCACGGCGGCGUUGUCGAUUGCUGUGGCGAUCAACUGGCUGUUCGUGUUCGUCGUCUCUCGGGCGACGCCGGUUAUGCUCGAUCAGAUCACGUACGGCACGUUCAUUCUAUUUGGAGCGUGCUGUAUCGUCAUGUCGAUUUGGACGUACGUAUGCCUGCCCGAAACGACGGGGUAUGCACUCGAGGACAUCAAGUACCUAUUCGAGAAAGAUGUCAUUUUACGGUCGGUGCAGGAUUCGCCCGGGGGAAGAAUGUUCCUAGGUGCCAAGAGGGCAUCGCCUAUGGCGGAGAUUAAGGCUGAAUCUGAACAGGGGGAGUUACCAGGCGCUGAUGAAGAUGGCAAAAAGGGAGACUCGAGCAGUCGUAUCGAGCAGAUAGGCGCUGAUGUAGAUGUUCUUUGA